UUCUUCUUCUUGGGAGAGUCUGAGACGAUGUGGAGGAACUCGGCGAGUUUCUCGACGCAGUUGAUAAAAUCAUCCAAAACGUUCAACUCUUUUGCAUCAAACGACGUCGUCCGUCCGCUUCUCCACUGCCGCUCCGAAUUCCACCCCUAUUCGUCUUCACCUCCGUCGUCCUCCGAUUAUCUCAAGCUAGGUCUUCAGCCCUCCGAUGGACUCCCAGCCCUUUCCGCUACCGCCGUUGAUCUCUCCUCUCUCGCCUCCAAAUCCGCCCACCUCACUCGUCACUACGCCCGCUGCUAUUGGGAGCUCUCCAAAGCUCGCCUCAGCAUGCUAGUUGUGGCAACUUCUGGGACUGGUUUUGUUCUUGGGAGUGGGAGUUGUGUCGAUCUCGCCGGACUUUGUGUCACAUGUGCUGGUACUAUGAUGGUUGCGGCAUCUGCUAACUCCUUAAAUCAGGCGUUUGAGAAGUAUAAUGAUGCAAAAAUGAAGAGAACGAUGCGAAGACCCCUGCCUUCUGGACGCAUUACAAGGCCUCAUGCAGUUGCCUGGGCAUGUACUGCUGGUUUAGCGGGCACUGCUUUGUUGGCAAGCAAGACUAAUAUGCUGGCAGCUGGUCUUGCAGCUUCAAAUUUAAUACUUUAUGCGUUUGUGUAUACUCCAUUGAAGCAAAUUCACCCAGUAAAUACAUGGGUUGGAGCUGUUGUUGGUGCUAUCCCACCACUUCUAGGUUGGGCGGCAGCUUCUGGCCAGAUUUCACUUAAUGCAAUGAUUCUCCCAGCUGCUCUAUAUUUUUGGCAAAUACCUCAUUUUAUGGCCCUUGCGUACUUGUGCCGCAAUGACUAUGCUGCUGGAGGGUUUAAGAUGUUCUCUCUUGCUGAUGCUUCUGGUCAAAGAACAGCUUCAGUGGCAUUAAGGAAUUGCGCUUACCUUAUCCCUUUGGGAUACUUGGCAUAUGAUUGGGGUAUCACUUCUGGAUGGUUUUGUAUUGAAUCUACCAUUCUUACUCUCGCAAUAAGUGCAACAGCAUUCUCAUUCUAUAAAGACCGUACGCAACAUAAAGCUAGGAGGAUGUUCCAUGCCAGCCUUCUUUAUCUUCCUGUAUUUAUGUCAGGGAUUCUACUUCACCGUAUCUCUGAUAAUCAACUUGCUGAAGAGAGUUCACAGGGUAUUACUGAGCUCUCAAUGUCUCCACAAGAAAGAAAAGUGACUGAGAAAGACAAGUUAAAGAAGCAUCGCCCACCUGUAUCAUAUGCUUCUGUCGCACCUUUUCCUUUUCUUCCGGUUCCAUCAUAUGUCUCUUCAUGAAUAUUUUAGUCCCUGGUUUUGUAGAAUAAAGGUCGAAAACAGCCCAAUAACCAUUUUUUGUUGCAAAAAUGCACAUAUACACAGUUUUGCAUAUCAGGUUGAAAGCCUGUUUUGUUGCAAUUGCAAAUCCCUUGUUUCUUUCUCUUUUUCCUUUUCCGCAAAUGUUGUAUACUUGUAGUUGUAUCCGUCUGCCGCUACGAGGUUAAGGAACCUCUAUUGCUCACUCAUCUGAUGUAUGAGAACCCUGGCCUUUAUUUAAGGUUUCAAGUUUUUCAUUACCAUAUACCUUAUUGAUAAGGGUUCAAGAA